CAAUGCACGAUCAUGUGAGAAUCCAUUUUUAGUCCCUAGUUGACAGCUAGUGGUCGAUAUUUAGUAUUAAAGAUUUUAAUUAUUUAGCUCAAAAAUUGUACAAAAUGGGCUGCAAACUAUGUGGACCAAAAUUGUCGCUUUGUGGCCUAGUUUUGAGCGUAUGGGGCAUCAUUCAGUUGACGUUGAUGGGCGUCUUUUAUUAUAUUCGAGCUGUCGCUCUGCUGGAGGAUCUACCAUUUGAUGAGAAAAAUCCGCCUCAUUCUAUCGAAGACUUCGUCAUUGAAGUGGAAAAAGGAUAUACCCUGAAUGCACAAAAUUGUUGGAUUGCGGCAUUGUUGUACUUGAUUACACUGGUUGUGUCUGGACAUCAAUUUUGGCUGAAUAAUCGUUCCUCAGUUAGUAUGUAAUAUUGAAGGAGUUGUUAUUUUUGCUGUUAAUUCCAUUCCAUUAUAAAAUUGUUUUUUCUUUUGCCAGAAACAGGUUGCUAUAUGUAAUUAUGUCUGUAAUUAAGUUGUGUUUCUAUCAAUUGACAAUAUAGGUAAACAUAGCUAGCUACAUAUUACUCAAACUAUUAAAACAUCGUCAUCGUCAGCCUGUAUCUCUCCACUGCUGGAUGUAAACCUCUCCCAUAGUCCGCCACAAUGAACGAUCCUCUACCUUUCGCAUCCAAUUUUUUCCAGCAUAUUGCCACAAGUCAUCAGCCCACUUAUGAAACAAACUUUUUUAAUUAUUUUAAAAUUAUUUUUGAAAUUGGAAUGAAUUAUCUACUUCAAUUUAGAUGAUUGGAAUAGUAACAAUAAAAAAUAUUAUAUGCUGUUUAAUUUUGUGUAAAAAUACAUGAAUUGUUAAAAUAAGUAUAAGUAUUACUUCCA